CCAUUCUUUCAGGUCCAGUGUCGAUGUGAACCCCAAAAGCCCCGCGUCGCUACCCUGCCAUCACAUCAGCCUCAACAUCUCAGAACUCAGAAGCCACCCUUGUUGUCCUGGACAUAGCACUUUUUCUUACCUGCUUAGCGUUUCUCACAUAGGAUCCCAUGUUGUGCACAUUCCUUGCUCUCACACCUCUAGACAGGAAACAAUAACCAGAUAAGGCAGCACAUCUCCCUCAUUGUCAAGGGAGCCAAAGGAAUCUCAAAACAAUUCUAUUCUGCCCUUACUCGAUCUUCCGUCCGGCGAUGGCAACUUCCGGCGCCCAGGGGACAUCGCGUAAGACGAAUGGGGUCCUUCCAGUCUCUGGCCAGCAACCUGCUGCAGAUGCGCCAAAGCCCAACAAGAGCCGGACUCCUGUCGAAGGCGACAAAGUAAUAAUUCGAAGACUCCCGCCUGGCAUGACGGAACAAGAACUAUGGAACAAUCUCGGCGACGAGUGGAAGGCCGGAAAUGGUCUUGUCAGUUGGCACAACUUCGCUCAGGGAAAGAUCUCACAGGACCCUGCGAAACCCUCAAGGCCGGGGCGAGUCUAUCUCCACGUCCUCAAGCGCGAGAGUCUCAACACUCUGUCAACGUUAAUUCAAGCCAAAUCGUGGGAGGACGCCAAGAUGACCUCCAACAGCCCGUCUCUGGUUGGCCCUCCGGUUCUCGAGUUUGCGAUUUACAACAAGGUCCCGGGCGGUAAGAAACGCACCGACCCUAGACAGGGAACGAUCGACCAAGACCCUGAGUUUAUGUCUUUCCUUCUAUCCUUGACGAAUCCCGAGAUGGACAAGGAAAACGAGGGCAACGAGAGCAAGGAUGCGGAGGAGUCGAAGCCCGAGGCCAAAGUCACGACGACGCCUCUGAUCGAAUACAUCAAGGAGAAGAAGGCGAACAAGCAAAAGGAAGCGGCUGCCGCUAAGAGCGCCAAGCAGGCUCGGCAGGAAUCGAAUACGAAAGGCAAGGCGCCGGCAUCGACGGCGGACGAUUCGAAGAAGGGCAAGAAGGACACCAAAGGCGAGAAGUCGGCCGACAAGCCCAAAGAGACGGUCAAGAUUCUCACCAAGAAGGCCAACGCCGAAGCUGUCAAGGCUGCUGAAGUUGCCGCUAGCCAGAUCGCCCAGGCGUCUUCAUCAUCUCAGGACGCGCCCAAGAGCCGGCGAGCUGGCAUCGCGGCGGCCGCUCGCAUCCUGCAAAGAGAUCUUGGCAUCAGUCCUGGAAGUGCUCAUAGGAGGGCACGACUCGACGCUGCCAAGGCUGAGGCGGAAGCGAAGACGACGACGACGGCGGCGACAGCUACGACCAAAGAACCAGCGCAACCCGCCGCUGAACCCGCAGCACCUGCUCCGACACCUGUAGCCGCACCAGCUCAACCAUCUUCGGCGGCUUCUCAGGCAUCGGAGCGGAGCACAACGCCCACCGCGGCCAAAUCAGGUCGUUCUCGCAGAGGCGGUGGCGGCAAGAACGCGGGAGCCAGCGAGUCCAAGGGCAAGUCGACCGAGGCCAGCUCCAACGCACCAGCACCACCCGCCAAGGCUCCUGUUGUAUUGCUCAAGAAGAAGGAUGAGGAGAGGAACAAGGAGAAGGCUACAAAGGCCGAAAAGGCCGACAAGGCUGACAAAGAUGUAUCCGGUUCGGCAUCACAGACCGCCGCGCCGUCAACGAACGCCAAAUCCAACCCCCCGGCGGCCCCAAAGUCCUCGGGCAAGGGAGGCAACUCCAAGAAGAGCUCCGCCGCCGUUACCCCCGGUGUGACACGAGGCUUUGUCAAGCACGCGAACCCCUCGCAGGGCGUUACUGAGGCGCUCCUGAAACAGGCGAUGGAGGUCUUUGGCACUGUCACGUUUGUCGAGAUCGACAAGCGCAAGGGUUUCGCCUACGUCGAUUUCUCCGACCACGCAAGCCUUGUCAGGGCGGUCGCCGCGAGUCCUGUGCAGGUUGCCCAGGGCACCGUUCAGGUUCUCGAGCGCAAGGAGAAGAAGGCCGCGGCGCCCAACUCGAACACGAAGGCGGAGUCUGGCGGUGCUAACGCCGAGUCUAGCGCCGCUGCGACGAGGUCCAACUCAGCCGCGCCGUCGGCGUCCGGUUCCGCCAAGAACGCGACGCCGUCGGAGAAGCCCGAGAAGCCGGAGCACCACAAGCGCACCAGACGCGGUCGCGGUGGCGGCAAGGCCGCGGCGAACGCGUCGGGCAGCAACAGCGGCAACAAGGAUGCCUCAGCUGCAGGUACAGGAUGAUUUCAAGCCAGAGGAAUUCCAUCUUUUCUUUUCUGUCCUAUGCAUAAUCGACGGCCGCUCUGCACGUACAAUGGGGGUAUUCCACGUGUGCAUAUUCCCGCGGCGGCGCAUGGCAGGGGUGGAGCGGCAGAGCAGGGGGAGGGGGUUCGCAGAGAGCUGUGCGCGCUCGCAUUUCUGCCCAAGGGAAACCCAACGGAGGCCCGCCACAAAGAUGCGAUGGCCAGGGAGGGUUUGGAAGGCAUCGCUUAUCCUGGUUCCCUGAGCUGUUUGCAAGCCUCUCCCACCUGUCCAUUUCCCACCUUGCCUGUCGAACAGACCCAAUGCGGAAGAUCAGCUAGGAAACUAAGUUAGUGAGUACAUUGCAGCGGUAGCGGCGGAUGCAUCCUGCGCAGAGGGGAGUGGUAAUGGUGGUGCCUCAGAUGGCGGAAGGGGGGGUUAGGCGCAGGGGCAGUCCGGAUGGGAAUGGCGAGCCACGACUGGAUGAUUUAGCAGAUGAAUGCCCAAAAGGGGAAUCAAAGCAAGUGUUGCCAUGUUGAGUCAUCGAUCCGGAGGUGCCAGCCACGGACAUGCACGUAUCACCGGUCACAAGGGGGGAGCAUAGGUCAAGAGCGUUUGUCAAAAUAUCACUUCUGGUUGAUGCCGGAGGAAAACAGAAAUUUAGAUCGAGAAAGUAGCAAUUCCUCCAUUUUUUCUAUUACCAGCUCACAAGAAACACCCACACUCCCUCAUCCCUUACAGCUUUUGCACUCUCGAUAACUCCCGAUGGGGGUGGGGGGGUCCGGAGACAAAGACAGGGCAAACAUCAAAACAAAUAAAAACGAUCAUCUGUUCAAAGAAGAAACAAAAUGAACUCGGACAUAUCGUUGCUGUUCCCGCCUCUCCGAGCUAGCUGAGCUGGUCCGCACCAAGCAUACAAACAA